GAGUACCAAAGAAGAAAACAUGGCAAACUGCUUCAUCCGAUGCUGUCGAGUGGUUAAGCACUUGCCUGUUCGUGUCAUCUGUAUUUUGGUUUUCAUCCUUCACACCAGUGUUGUGGAUUACUAUCUAGUGGAACACAAGGGGAACACAUAUUUCUGGUUUCUUGUGGCAGACGUCAUCGUUUUUUGCUUAUUCGUUGCGUCAUUUAUUGUGUCAUACCAAAAUUUUAAAAAAUCUAAUACGGCUACUACAAACUCAACAAAGGAAAAAGUUGUCGGUUGGCUCGGUAUAACCUCAUGGUUCAUUUACGCUGUCAUAGUGGCGAGUAAAUCAGGAAUUAUUUUUAUUGAAUUUGCAGACAACAUUGAUGAAAGUAAUUUCUUUGGUCCCAACACACUGAAAACCGCCUUAGCCUUAACCGGAGUAGUGUUUCUGCUUCAAAUUUCAUCACUUCAUAAUGCCAAGCCAGGUUCUAAGAGGAGGGCAUACAUUGACGAGUUAGCGGGUACCGUCAUUUUUGACAUCAUGGACUGUGUAGACAGCAUGGAACCAUUGUUCAUCAAAGUGGAUCGGGAAUCUUUCCCACCAGGUCUCGUGGAUGCCAUAGUUGCGAUAGCGUGUUUGAAUUUUGUUAUACCUACAAUUCCUCUUUUCACACUUUUAUACAGCAAGUUCGGUCACGCCAUGCUUUCUCGUCGUCUGGUUAUGACACACAAGAUUCUUUUGGCAUACAUUGUCAACCUGCCUCUUUUGAUUAUGAGAAUGAUUUUAUGGCACGGUCUUAAUAAUGGCAUCUCCAUAUUUUCUUUAAAGAAUGUAAUUGUGAUUAGCAUAAUAUCAUAUGAUUUCUAUGAGCAUCACGAAGCAAAUACAAACAAAACGACCAAGGAAACCAAACUCGACGAAAUCAAGAAUGACGAAGAAGAUAUGCCAGCCGAUGCCUAUAAUCUUGAAAACCGUUUUAAUUAUGAUUGAGGUUUUCUUCUCACAAUAAAGAAGGUCAAAUCCAACCAAGCCAAAAUCAUGGUAUAGACCGUCUUAGGUAAAGCGAUAUUGUAGUUUUCGCCUUUGUUAGCUGACCUGUUUUUAUGAAGCAAAGUUUAUACUAAAGAUUCUACAUGAGAAAUAAAAGACAGAGUCCUCCACA